AUGCAAGAAGUUCCGGAAGAGUUUAUAUUCGGCGAUUCUCGAGAACGACGUAAUUCCGGUGGUUCAGUGGGAAGCGUUGAAAGUACGUUGAGCAACAUAUUUACAACAAUUCCGGGAAUGUUAAGUUCCGGUCAACGUCUCACAACAAUCCCAUCAGAUGUUGAAAGUGAAAGUGCCGCUACUUCAUCACAAUUUCAAAGCGCUUCGAAAGAGCAAGUUCGUGGUUUUUUGCCAUUUCAGAGAUUUCUUGUUAUUCUCUCAUCUUUUAGUGUUAGAACAUCCAUAAUACCAGAAUAUGGUUUUUGCUGA